AUGAAAGCUGCAAUCCUUCUCUUCCCUCUUUUCGUCGCUUUAACAAAAGCCUCUCCCUCAGCUCGUUCUGCGGAUCUCGAGCAACCACAUAGGGAUCACUUUUAUACCACCAAUGUCACUGAGAUGAAAAACGCAGUGACCAAUCUCGGAUACAACUCGGAGGGAGACGCCGCAUAUGUCUUUACCACCGAGGAGCCCUCCACUACCCCGCUCUAUCGCAUGUACAAUCCGAGUGUUUUUGACCAUUUCUACACCACGUCAUAUUCCGAGGUACAGAGCGCAGCUGCAAACGGCGGAUACACCUCCGAGGGGAUCGCUGCAUAUGUCUAUGACAUUAACAUAUGCGGAAGCAUUGCCCUCUACCGUCUGUACAGCUCGGGGGGGACGGAUCACUUUUACACUACAUCUGCAUCGGAGGCGGACAACGCUGUUGCCAAUCUUGGUUAUACCUUGGAGGGUAUUGCGGCUUACGUACUUCCUGUUCCAUCUAGCAAAUGAGCCUGACCACCGAACGUAUUUUUUCAUUGAUUGAACUGCGUACGAAGUUUUUUUAAUGGACAUGCGUUCAAGUACUGUACAUGC